AUGGCAGAAUUACCUUCUAAAGAUGAAAAAGCAGUUCAGGACACACCGGCAAGCAUUGUUCUGCAAGCUGCUUUAAAGGGUGGUAGCUAUUCCUUCGUCGUUAGCGCUUUUAGUGCGGCAGUAGUAAAAGACGUAUGCGGUGCUGCAGUUAGGAUAACAAAGGAGUUAGGUGGUGCCAAUGUAGUUGAAAUGACAAAAGAAAUAUGCGGUACUGUAUUUAAACUUGGUGCUCUUUACACCAGCUAUAAACUGUUACAACCAGUCAUUGAGGCAGCUGUUAAAAAAGGUUUCGGUGGUAAAAGAAAAGAUCAAAAAGUCGAGGAAAUCAAACCACGUUGUCUACAUGUUGUACUUCGUUGUUUCACGGAUGAAAGAUUUCUGGAAGUUUGGGCGGAUUAUGAAUCUGGAAGAAUAAAAGAACGUUUGCAGAAAGAAUUCUCGGAGGUUGGCAUUGAAGUAGAAGGACUGAAGGUCGAGAUUGAAAACAUGGAAGAAGUAGAGCAAACGAAGGCGGAUAUACACAAGAGGUAUAGAAAUCAAUAUAUAAAUGGUGCAUAAUAAACAAAUCGUCAUUUUAAAUAUUAAUUUUGAAAGGAAGAGAGCAGUAAAACUUUUAAGUUAUAUUCAUUUGAAAGUUUAGCAAUGCAAUGUCAAUGAUGGUUUAUGUUUUAACGUUUAAACUAUAUAAGGUUGGGGAAUAUCAUUUUAAGUAAUUGGGAUAUUUGAGAUGCAGUAAAAUCUAUAAAUAUCACUCUUGUAUAUAAAAAGAGCGUGUGAAUUAAACAAGUCACAUAUUAUUAGCACUGAUGAAGAUCCGGGCUUACGGAUCGAAAGCUUUGCAGUAAUAAAUUUACGUGGUGUUUCCACAAACAAAAACAAUUAAAAUCUAUAAAAUUGAAUUAUUUUAUAAAGAAAACAAAAACAACCCAAAAAGUUUGAAAACGGCUAGUCAAAUCUGUGUAACCAAAAACUCUAACUAACUUUACAUGCAUAUAACAGUUCUGGUUUAAAGCGUGUACCAACUUUUUAUUUUACAUUUGUUUUUAUAUGUUUGUUUUCACUAUAGUAUCUAUAAAAAAUAGGUACGCUGAGCGUACAUGCGCCCGCUAUCAGUAUGGUUCAGCAGAUCUAGCUUGAGUAGGUUCAAGAUAGGCUAUAGAUUCAAAUACAUUAAUUUCUUGUUCUCCAUUUUCCCCAGCUUAAUCUAGUUUUAUUCCAACGUACGGUAUCGUUAAUCGAGUUUUCAUAAUAAUCAUAACAUAAUUUUUUCAUCGAAGUCAAAAUACGAAAUUUUGGCACACUCCUUGCUAAGAUGAGCUGUUAUUAUUAUUAUUAUUUAAAUUUGUCACAAUAUUUACAAAGACACUGAUAAACAAUAUAUAUAACAUGCUACAAGACAACACACAUGACUGGAAUGUGGAACAGGACUUACGUUCCAAUUACUACCUCACCCCAUAUGACUACACUGUAUAUACAAACUGACAUAGGCACUUUCUUGGUGUGAGAACAAACGAAAGCUUAACACUAGUUAGACGUUGAUCAUGAUAUAAAUUCUAACUGAUUUACGGUUGUUCGUACACCGAGCUAGUGAGUGAACUUUACUGAACUAAAUACUUAGUACUUAUAUUACAAACAUUUUCUUCACAAAACUAAAUAUUUAAUAUUUAGCUAAUGGCUACGAUUAUUAGGAAGUUUGUAUGAUUUCGACUUGAUACUACAUGUUAUUUAAACGAGUUUUAAACGAACAUAAUCUACUGGAUUUCUUAAUUUCAGUUGGUAAGCUGUUCCAAAGUUUUGCUCAUCUGAUAAAGUAAGAUUUUGAAAGUAUUCCUGAUUAUGUUUUAUAAUGAGGUGGAAGUUAUUUUCGUCAUAGUUGCGAUAACAUAAAUUAGCAUUAAUUAAAUUAACGCGACAAGCUGCCUGAAAGCUACAAUGUUUUGAAAAUAUAUUUGGAAGUUUUCGUUGCCAAACAACUUGUGCAAGAUUUAUAAAGUUCUUUCAUAUUUUAGAGUAUUUGAGAUGAUUAUUUAUAAAUUUCAUACAAAUUGAUAUAGUGAUUGUAUUAAAAUACGCCGACGUUCCAGUAAAGACGAGAUAGCGUUUAGAAUCAAUUAAUUUCAAAUACCUUACUUUUUAAAUUCGCGCACCUUGUUGAGACUUAUUCUCUUAUUCGCGCUGCUUUAAAUUCGCGCAAGUAAUUUUCCGUGUUCGUUCUUUUUGGUUUGUUUAUUAAUACAACUAUUAACGCUAACGUUUAUUAAUAGAACUAUUAUUAUAAUGAGUAUUUUUGAGUUUUGACUGACCUCAAGUCAAAUUAUAUACAAAUAUUUUUGAAUGACCGCAAAAGAUGGCUUCAAAAUUAUGUAAUGUAAGCAAAAUUCAUGAUAGCUAACAAUUAAUAGAGCGCGAGUUCAAAAUAUCAACAAGAACUAAUACAAUAAUGCAAGUCCAAGAAUAUAAACUCAUUGCAUUAGUAACAAUGAGUGUCUCACAAAGCUUUUCGCGCGGAUUAUAUUUCGCAGUGAAAAUUCGCGCACCCAGCGUUGCGCGAAUUCUAGUACUGCGCGAAUUUUAAUAUAAGUAAGAUACUUAAAUAUACAUAUAUUGCACGUUUGUGGAAGAAAUUCACCUUUAAAUGUCGACGAAAACCAAAAAGCAAAGUUGGCAAACGAAAUCAGCGAAACCAAAAAUGUCAUAAACUUCUUUCGCUUUUUGCAAUAGGAAAGCACAGACGCUUUGGUUUGUUAUGUGAUCCAUUCCUGUCAUCAUUCGUGACGUUUUGAUCAAACAUCUCCCGCCUGUCUCAAACAUAUUUCGAGUGCAAUACGCUCCGCGGUCUAAAAGACCGCGGGUGCAAAAAUAACUGAAUUAAAAAUUAAAAAACAAGCUUUCGGAAUACGCGUCCAUCUUGAUCAGGGUAAAAAGACUAACACAAGUUUACUAAUUUCUUUUGACAUAUAUGGUUAAUAAUGCGAGCCAAGUGCGAGCUGACAUGUUUCAUGCAAACGUCGCAAAAACCAUAAUUAAAAAAAAGUGAAGCAUUGUCAUCGAAAGCAAGUACUCUCAGCGAGCUUGCCAGUUGACUGUUGCUAUGAAUAAAAAAAAAGCACAUAAUAGGAACCUUACAGAAAUUCGACUUCUUCGUUUUGCCUAUGAUUUUGGUGUAACCAUUGCAAUGCUGUUGGCACGUUCCUAACCAGUCCGCCUAUGAGAGGCACUCACCCCCCGUAAAAAUAUUCACAAUGGCAGACGUUCAGGGGGUGAAAAUGGCGAGUGUGAUGAUUACGAAUCAUUGCGAAUCAUAGCGUGUAAGUGUGGUACCGGUUAUGCUUUUUUUGGCCUUUUGAGUCGACCAUUUGCAAGGACCAUUGCACCUAUUCUGUGCCUAUAGGCCUUGUAUUGUCAAAUUCAGUGCUUUUUCACAUGAGAAGACUGGGACCCAAGCGAUCAUACCUACCAAAUGCUAGCCCAAAAUUGACCAAACCUGUUAAAACUAGCCGAGUAAAUAAGGUCCUUGUUCUAGGCCUUGAAAAAAGGCAUUAAGUCUGUUUAUUUACGCAAAAACAAUGUCUUUUUAGUACAAUUUUUUACAUGAAUUUAAUUGCACCCCUUUCUUAAUUUUAGGGCCACUUUUGAAACGGCAGAAUCAUUUUCUAAAGAUAAAAAACCAGCUCAGGACACAAGAACCGCUUUUAAAGGUGGUACCUUUUCCUUCAACGUUACAACCGAUAAUGUGCUAGUAGCAAAUGCAUUAAGCACUACUGCAGUUGAAGUAACAAAAGGGUUAGGCAGUAUUGCAUUUGAAGUCGCAACAGAUUUAGCCGGCAAAACUGCAGUUGAAGUCACAAAACAAGUAUGCGCCACCGCAGUCAAACUUGGUACUCUUUACACCGGCUAUAAACUGUUAAGACCAGUCAUUGAGAAAGCUAUUGAAAACGCCCUUGGUGGUGAAAGAGAUGACCAAGUUAUUCGGGAUAUCAAACCAGGAUCUCUACAUGUUUUACUUUGUACUUUCACCACUGAAAGAUUUCUUGAAGUUUUGGCAUAUUAUGAAUCUGGAAGAAUAAAAGAACGUUUGCAGAAAGAAUUCUCGGAGGUUGGCAUUGAAGUAGAAGGAAUGAAGGUCGAGAUUGAAAACAUGAAAGAAGUAGAAGAAACAAGAGCAGCUAUAAACAAGAGGUAUAGAAAUCAAUGUAGCGCUUAAACAAGAUUAAAAUUUACGAGUUUUAAAUCUGACUAUGAAGCAAGAUCAAUUAUUACUCGCUGGGGCACUGUGCCCCAGACGAGUAUAGGUUUCGGCACGCAUUUUUGGUGGAUGUCAGAUGUCAGAUUUCCGAUGUCAGAUUUCCGAUCGUCGUUGAUAGCCACAAAAUAGAAUAUUAAUGAGCUGCCUAAUUUCCCCCCAAUUAUCCAUAAGGCUCCUGCCAAUUUUACCCAAAUUAUCCGUACAUAGCCUUCCAUUUUGAGGAAAAUUCGGGAAAAUUGAACAAUUUUACAAGGAAUUUCGCAUGGAAGCCACAACCUUCGCAAUUCGCAAAUCGCAAGUUUAUAAAAGUUUAUACGGUUGACUGCGCUGCUUUAUAUUUUGAGAAGAAAGCGACACCGUUCGAUUCAGCGUAAGAAAUUGUACUUACGAAUGUCAAGUGUAUUACUAAACACCCGUAUUCUAGCGAUUUAUGGCCUUUGAAAAUGAAGCGAAAUUGUAUUGUUGAAAAAUCGCUCGCCGUACGUAUAUUUGUUGAUCACAAAUCACUCGCACUACGUUUGCCCACAGGUUUGUCCUUAUAUUUGUAAUGCAUAAUGGCGCAAUAAGGAUAAAAAUACCACCGUUCGAUUCAGCGUAAGAAAUUGUACUAAUUUUAAUACGAAUGUCAAAUGUAUUACUAAACAACAGUGUUCUAGCGAUUUAUGGCCUUUGUCUUUGAAAGCCAAGUGAAAUUGUAUUGUUACCAAUCACUCAAAAUUAUUAAACUAAUUAUAAAAAAAUGCAGUACGUUUGACCCUUGAUAACUUUGGUAUCAUUGGUUUUCUCUUUUUCGGCCGUAUACCAGUUGAUUCGUCUCACUUCUCUCUUCAUUUUGAUAGUAUUUUGAGCCCAAAAGCCCAAAAUAUUUUAUUUUGAACGUUUUAAAGCGCAGUUUAAUCCUAGACCAACUGGCGGCUGACAGUUUUGAAGAAGAAUGUAGCGUACUAAAUAUAACUUUACUUAUAGGGCCUACCGCAUUUUAGUACUGUGUUAUUAAGCCUUUCGCGCUCGUGUUCGACUUUUCCGCUUAGCUCGGGAAAGAGCUGUGUACUGUAUGUAUCAUGUACAUUGCUUUGUGUUGUAGGAGCUCUGAAGUGAUAUCAGAAGGUGAAGCCCAGAAAUUGUUGUGUCAUCCGACUGAAGUGACAUCAGAAGUUGAAGCCCAGAAAUUGUUGUGUCAUCCAAUUGAAAUGUUGGCAGAAGAUGAAGCAAAAAAGACGAAGGAAACCUAUUUUCUCGUUACUCAUGACGAGAGGAAAUUAUCGACAGGAAAUGGCCAAGGUGUUCAACUAAUUAGACUUUCGCUAAUCAAGCACUAACUAUCAACGAAUUAUUCGCGUAGGAAAAACAUUCUACUGCACCGAAAAACAUUUUCGUAUUUUAUCAGAUAUUCUUCUUCUGCUUUUUAGUCUAAUACUGUAGUCAUGCUUCUUAACCAAAAUAUUUUUUAUCAUUUUCAAAAUAGAUCAUUCCAAGGAACAUGGUAAUUGGUUGACUGUUGGCGAACUAAUGUAUUCGAUCCGGAAACCAGUUUCUAGUUACGUUGAUGAAAUCAUUAAAGCAUUCCACGAAAACUUGUCCAAAACUUUGCUCCACGCUGGCAAAUGCAACAGCCCUGAUGAUUGCAUUAAAAAGACCACGGACGACGGUCUAUGUAACUCGUGUAAACACUGGUUUAAGGAGCUCGAGGCGUCGCAUGAAAAUGGCAACAAUCCGUCAUGGUACGAAAACUGCAACAGCGCCAAAUGGUCUGAAGAUCACUGGGAGGUGGCAAAAUUCUUCAUGCCUGCACUCAUCCUUAGCCCUGUAGAAGAUGCUGAAUCUACCGACCUUUCUUCCCUACUUAAUGUGCUUGAAUUCAUGAAGGAUGACGCGUUUCUUGGAAAAACUCGAGUAAACGUGGAACUCGUGAGAAAACUUCGUUCCCGUGUGAAAAACGUUUGGGUACAUGCACCAGAACAAGAAUUCACUGAUGACGAAAAAGAGAAAAGUUUCUUGACUGCCACCAAGUUUCUUGAAGAUCUGGAGAGGGUGUGUCCCAAUACAGAAAACACGCAGUGCUUGGAGGUUCUUAAACGCUUGAAGACCAGCCGAUUCAUUGUUCAGACAAAUAACUAA